AUAUAUUUUUUGUUGUUUUUAUUAACAAUCUGGUGAGUAUAUAUAUCGAUGGGUUGUCGGAGGUUUAAUCAGUAUUGAUCUGUCCGCGUUUCAGAACACAACUCAAAAAACAAUCCAAACAUUUGCAAUCAUGAAGUGCAUCGCAGCUGUAGUCAUGAUGGCCCUGGCCGCUGUCGCCGACGCUGGACUCGCCCCACUGCUGUACGGAGCUCCACUGGCCAUUGCCGCCCCGCACACCACAGUCGUGCAGAGCAACUCGGACGCUAAGCUGAUUACGACGGCCCCGGCAUACUCCUAUGCUGCGGCUCCGUUGGCCUAUCCCUACGCCGCUGCUGGUGCCCCGCUGGCAUACGCCCCUGCCGCUCCGUACUACUACACCGCCCCGCUGGCCUACAGUGCUCCGGCGCUGCUCUACCAGAAGGAGGCUCGCUAUCUGGCCGCCAACCGGGGCGCGAUCCACGAGGCGCCACUGCCAGGCCACGCUUUCUCCCAGCAGCAGUUGAACCUGGAGGCUGCACCUGGUUCGGACUAAACGCUGCUGGAUUGGAUAAGGACGUUCGCUCUCUUAAAAAAAUUGGGAAAUCAGUAAUUCUGGACGCUACGAAGCAAUUCGUUCAAAAUACAACAAUUUGGCUUGAAAAGUAAA